AUGAAGACAACAACAAAUGGACAAAAACAACCUGUUCAACCAAGGGAUGCACGUAUUGUUUCCCUUAUUCUUCAAUCACUAGGUGUUGAGGAUUAUGACCCAAAAGUAGUUCAUCAACUAUUAGAAUUUGCUCAUAGAUAUACGUCAGACGUAUUUCAAGACUCCCUUGUCUAUGCUGAACAUGCCAAUAAAAACGAAAUUGACUUGGACGAUAUUCAACUUGCUAUUCAAGGACGCGUCAACCAUUCAUUCACAACACCACCACCUAAAGAAUUCUUGCUUGAACUUGCUCAAGAAAAAAACAAACAACCAUUGCCUUUAAUUCCAGAGAAAUACGGUAUUCGAUUACCAGCAGAUAAACAUUGUUUAACAGGCAUUAAUUUCUCUAUUGUACCUGAUGCACCACCGCCCCCUAAGCCUAGCUUAGAAAGAAAUCCUAGUAUGAUGGAUACACAAGAAACAACAACAACAACAACAAUAGAACAAGAACCAAUGAAACGUGGAAGAGAUGCCAUGGAAGACGAUGAUUAUGAUUUUUAA